CCAACUUUAACCUUCCAAGUUCCACCCAUAUAUACUUAUCCCCCAUUUUAUUUUCCUUCAAUAUUUGGCAUCUAUAAAACCUCACUAUUUUCCAUUCUUUGCCUCUCCAAACACAAAAACAUGGCAAAAGCACCAAAGAAAAAACAGAAAUCCAAGCUUGGUAUUAAUAAAGAAACUUCCACUUCCACUCAUAAUCUUCACAAAAAUUCAAAACCCAAAGCUAUUAAGCGAACAAGGAAAAGUUUCCCUAAAGUUUCCCCAUUCCAACGUAGCUCCAAAUACCGUGGCGUAACUAGACAUAGAUGGACCGGAAGAUAUGAAGCACAUCUAUGGGACAAGGAUGCUUGGAACGAUACGCAGAAGAAGAAAGGAAGACAAGUGUAUCUUGGUGCUUAUCAUGACGAAGACGCAGCUGCUAGAGCCUAUGACUUGGCAGCAUUAAAGUAUUGGGGAGGAGAGACCCUACUAAAUUUUUCGUUAUCAACUUAUGAUAAUGACAUGAAAGAGAUGGAAGGAUUAUCAAGAGAAGAGUAUAUAGGAUCACUAAGAAGGAAAAGUAACGGUUUUUCUAGAGGAGUUUCAAAAUAUAGAGGAGUUGCAAGACAUCAUCACAAUGGAAGAUGGGAAGCUCGGAUUGGUAGGGUGCUUGGCAACAAAUAUCUUUAUCUUGGCACAUUUGCUACCCAAGAAGAGGCUGCAGCUGCAUACGACAUAGCAGCAAUUCAACAUAGAGGACAAAAUGCAGUCACCAAUUUUGAUGUUAGCCGCUAUAUGAAUCUUCUAGACAAGCCCAACAAAUCCUGCAAUGCUAAAUCUGAUCAGACAAGUCCUGAUAAUAUAGCUAUGCCUACUAUGGAACACACACAAAGCUUUGUUGAUGAUGCUACUAGCAUUGAUGAAUUUAUGUGGGGUCCCCAACUCCCAACACCCCAUUACCCCUCCAACUUAUUUGACUUUAAUGAAUAUAAUAAUUCAUUAUUAGAACAUAAUUUCUUAGAUGAUAAUAAUAAUGAUGUAAAUUUUGGGAAUUAUCAACAAUAUUCUUUUAGUGAUAUUACUUCACUUUUGUGUGAUUUUGAGGGUAUGGAGGAUAAUUAAUUACAAAUAUAUAUGCAAUUGAUUAUUUAGAUUUUUAUUUUU